GUUGCUCGAUGCAUGUAUGCUUCUGAAAAGGUUAUUUUGAUAAGAUCCAAAUGAAGAAGGCAGGUGUGCUAACUUUAGGCGACGGGUCUACAUGCAAUGUCAAAGGUAUCGGCACUGUAAAAAUCAAAAUGUUUAAUGGAGCCAUUUAUACUCUAGUUGGGGUGGCAUAUGUCCCCAAGAUGUGUAAGAAUCUAGUUUCAUUAAGCCUGUUGGAUUCUCAAGGAUACGGGUAUUCAGCCCGAGGUGGAGUUCUGAAAAUCACACGUGGCUACAAGGUCCUGAUGAAGGGAGAGAAGUAUGAUGGUUUGUAUCGUCUAGUGGGGAGUACAAUAUGUACUCGAAUCUCGAAGGUUUGGAAAGUGUACACACAAGAAACGGAUCAGAAACAAUUAAUGAGAUGUUUGACUCAUGUAGACAAUGGUGAAAAGGAAAAUCCUACUAAGGGAGAGGUGGAGUCAGGACCAAGGUAAUUCGAGGUGUGCAGCGGUGAUAGUUAAGGCCAAUGGUGGGAGUAGUAUUUCAAAUAGUAAAGACGUGGAAUGUUCGUCAAGGUGGAGAUUUGUUGGACAGUGGCAUAGCCCACAAUGUUGAAUCAAUUCCAAUUUCCUUAUUUCACACAUGAAUGAUUAGUUUGAUACUAUUGGAGGCUACCACAUGCAUGCAUGGAAAAUAAAGUCCAAAAUAGGGAUAGCUAUUUUUUCUACCAGGCAAUAGUGUUCUAAGUUCAAAACAUGUUAUGCAUGGGAUUUUGGAAAGCAAAAUUCAACUUGCAUAUGUACAUUGGUGGGUUACUUUUCAGUCUAUAAAAGGAACUAAGUUAAGCUGCAUGAAA